AAGGUGGAGUAUCUUUGGAAGACUGCGUUUUUCGUUUUCUGCAGCAGUGUUGAAAACUUGCACAACCAUGAGUCAACAAACAACACCGGAGUCAGGGGGCAACUCGAAGCCGUGGGGAGAGGGAAGCGACACAAUGGACCCAGGACCCCCGGGAGAAAGAGAGCUGAAAGUGGGGGCUCAAACCAGCACUAUCAAACAUCUUCUAAACGAGUUCAGAGGACUUCACGAGCAGAGGCUGAGAUGGCUGGAGCUGGACUCCACUGUAACCCGGGAAGAACUGCUGCAAAAGAAAGUGGAUUUCCUGUGGUCUUAUGUGAAUGACUUCGCAGACCAGAACCAGGUGCUUGUUCAGACCAUUGAGGAUCUACAGAAGGAAGCAGACCACGUAGUUUCCACUUGGGGAAUGAAACUAUUCACCUCUGAUCAUAUUUUGGAUGUGUCUGAUGUUGAUCUGAGGACUUUGUUGCUGGAUGAGCUUGAAAGACCUGUGGUUCACAUCCUACACAACUCUGGUUCCUUAGACCACAAUGCUAAUGAGUUAGAAGACCUGGAAAUCCUGUUGCAAAACAAGGACACGGUCAUCUCUGAUUUGGAGACGGUGCCCAGAGAGGAUUUACAGCAAAAGCAGAAUGUACUGGAAAGUGGCGAGAGGCUGGUGCACCUGGAGAGCGAGCUGUCCUGUCUGCAGCGGAUCCACAAAGACAACAUGAAGGAGAUUGCUGAGAAAGACAUCUGCAUCACCAAACUGCAAGCUAACAUUCAGAUGCUGCAACAAGAGGGAGCUGACACUAGUGCUCAGCUUUCCAAGUUGAACAUGGGAGUGAGGGAGCUGCAGGAGACGCUUAACAAAAAAGAGGAGGAAUGGAGGCAAAGAGAAGAGAAACAAAAGCUGAAAUAUGAAAGGGAGCAUCAAAAUGCAGAGGAGAGGAGACAGCGGGAGCGACAAAAGAGAGAGGAGGAUUGGAUGAAGAGAGUGGAAGAGGAGAAGAGAACAGCAGAAGAGUGGAAGAGGGGAAUUAAGGAGGAGAGAAAGGCCCAUGCACAAGCUGUUAAAAAGUGGGCUGAGAAAGCAGCUGGUUUGAAUUCUGAGAUAAAAGAGAGAGAGGAACACGUGAGGCAGCUGGACCAGGAAUUGGCUGGUUUGCGAACUACACAGGACUCUCUGAAGAAAACUUUGGCUCAGAAGGAGAAACACACACAACAGCUCGUCCAGGACAACACACAGCUCAAAGAAAGUUUGGCUACACUGCAGAGCAAAAUAAAGAAGCAGGAGAUAAAAAUGUGUGCCCUAGUGAAGGAGCUCGCAGAGAGUAAUAAGCAGCACUCAGAUUCUCAGAAAAAGUUGCUCCAAAGUGAGAAGGAUUUGGAGAAACUGUGCGAGGAGAGGGACGAGCUGAGAGCCAAGAUGGAGGACCAGAGCAGACAGUGUGUUCACCUGAACCACACCAGAGAGCAACUGGAGGCUGACGCGGCUCGGAGCCAUGAGAAACUCCACACCACACAUCUGGAGGUUCGAAGCAGAGAUCAGUUAAUUGUGCAGCUAAGAGCUGAAAUGAAGACAGCUGAACAGAAGCAUCGAGAUACACAGGAACAGCUAUUUGCAACAUAUCAGCAGCUGAAAGCAGCUAAGGAGGAGCGGAAAGAUGCCAGUUUGCAAGUCCAGGAGCAGAAGGAGACAAUAGAAAAUUUGAAACAAAAGUAUACAGCAGCAAUAGAGAAGGUGCAUCAGGUUCAAGGGCAGGUGGUACUUUUGGAAGAGGAACUACAGUACUCACAGCAACAGCUAAGAGAGUCCCAGUCAACAACUCAUUCAGUGAAGGAACAGCUAGCUGAACUGGAGAAGCAGUACCAGGAAAAGGUUGGCCAGUGGGAGAGCUCACAGGAGUCACUUGACCAGUUGACAAAUGAGCUCCAGGCCAAUCAGAACCUUCUGAGAGCGAGUCUGCAGAAAGUAGACCACUUCACAAGUCAAGUGGAAUCCCUGCAGCAGAAGGUGGACACACUCAAACAGCAGAAAUUGAUGUUGGAGUGUGACCUUCAGCUAUAUAAGCAGAGUCACUCUCAUUCUGAUGAGAAGUACCUCAGCCUGGUAAGACACGGACAGCAGUUACAGAAGUGCUGUACUGAGCAAGUUCAGUGCCUUGUGGAGCGUGAAAAGGCUAUUCUUCAGAUGAAGUCAGACCUGGAGCGACAAACUCAGGAAAAAGCAGAUCUGAAGCAAACUCUUGCUGUAUCCCACCAUACACACCUAAUGAAUCACAGCCAGCUGGAACAGGAAGUGGCACAUCUAAAAAAGGAAGUAACACGCUUAGAGCUUGAGGUAGCAGAUGCCCAGAAGGCACAUGUGGCACUCCUCAGGCAGUCAGAGGAGAAGCUGAAGGGUGCUCAGCGGGAGGUUGUGAGAAGGUGCAGGGAGAUGGAUGUACAGAGAGCAGAGAUGCAGAGACUUCAGGACAAGUUACAGGAGGAGGAGGAGAAGUUAAGGAGUGCCAUUAGAGAGAAACAGAGCCUGAGCACUUGCAUCAAGCAGCUGAGACCAGAGCUGGAGGAGCUACAUAGCAAGCAUCAUGUGACAGUGGAGGAGUUGGUAGCUUGUGCAGUGGAGGCGCAGCAGAUGCAGGGGUGCUUGAAUGAGAGAAAGCUAGCAGAGGAACAAAUCAGAUCAAUCUCUAUGAGGCUGGAGACAGAGGUGGCAGAGCUCAGGAAGAGCCUUCAGCAAGCUGUCGAUCAGAAACUCAAGGCAGAGAGAGAAAAACAAGAUGCACAGGAGCAGGUGAACACACUCCAGUCGGAGAUAGAAGGGACACAGUCAGCCAACGUAAAUCUGCGCCAUGAGAGCCAGCUGGUCAUGACUAAUGUCAGUCGUUGGAUUACUGAACAAAAGGCUGCCAAUGAGAGCCUCGCUGCUCAGAUGAAGGUCCAAAACAAGGUGCUUUUCAUUGUCACUGAAGAGAAAGGACAUCUUCAGGAAGCUAAUGACACGUUGAAGGCAGAGGUAAAGAGACUGAAAGAAAUGGUGGAUGAGAAGGAGAGAGACGUGGAACACUUCAAGGCCCAGAUCCGGGAUGAGGGCAUCCAGCAAGACAAGAGAAUCAUGGAAAACCAGGGUUGUGUUGCUUUAAACCUCAGCAUAAUCGAGGACAUGCAGACCAGACUGCGAAGCAACCUGGAGGCCAUCGGAAUGCUAAAUCAACAAUUAAACACCCUCAGCAGGGAGAAUAAACAGCUGCGCAGGAGGCUGGUAGAAGAGAUGUCCACACACAGAUGAGCUGAGCGACUGCUCCCUCAUUCUCCCACCUCCCCUCACUGCUCCUCCAUCCACCUCCUUUUCUCCCUUGGUUGCCACCGACCUUGUCUCUCCAACCAUGUUCUUUCAUCGCGCCACCUCCCUCAUCCCCUGAGCUUGGACCCCCUGACAGGAGAUACUGAUGGGAUUCUAACCCAAACCAGGCUAAAUAUUGGUGCACCAAAGAGGUUAGAUGAGUUCUAAGCUUUGGGUGAAGUAUUCUGGACAAGGCCGGCUGCAGACUGCUCUGUCUCCUCCUCUCUGGAAGGUGCUUGGUCUGGGAGGACUAGCAUGAAUCUGACCAAAUGAAGCCCCCUGAAGACUUUGACCUGUCUUGACUUCCUGACCUCCAGCUGCUCACCAGAGAGCUUGCUCAGUUUGAGGUUAAUGUCCUGCAGGUCAAAGUCAAGUCCCUGGGCGCUUUUUGCCAGAGAGGGGCUCCAGAUGGAAUUUCCUCAAAUCAUCAAAAACCAACACAGAAAUAACUUUGCUACUAUAAAGGCAUGUAUUUUAAAAAAAAUUACUUUUUAUAAAUUUAAAGUCUAACACAUUUUACUAUAACAAAUAAUUGCACCACUAAAAUAUUGCAAUGCUUCAAGCCAUGUAAGGUUAAUAAUAUUUUGUUUCACAACAAAACUGUAGCACUAAGUACUAAAAUAUUCUUAUGUUUACACAAAUUUUAUUUUGUUUAAUUUAAUUGCAAAAUGAACUAAAUAGACCAGACUUCAGUGUCGGCUCAUUUUUCUGUUGCUGGAAAUGAGUACAGAGUGAAAACGGUGCAAAUAUUACUUACACAUUUUGAAAGAUUUACUUAUGUGAAUAUGGCUUUUCCAAUGAAAAAUACACUUUUAUCUUCAUAUUUGUGAGCAACAAACUAAAUUCACAUCUGUACAUCUUAUCUUGUACUUCACAAAUUCACACCCUCAAGUACAAAUCUUCAUUUGUGCAGCUUGUAAAUCUUAUAAAUCAGCCUCUCACAUUGUGCUCUUGAAACCAAUCAGCAAGCAGUGACAUUUAACCUUAGACCAUUCAAUAUAAAAAAGUGUAAAGAGAUGCUAGUGGAGCCUUCUGUGAACGCCAUGGCAAAUGUGCAUGUGACUAUCUUCAUUAACAAAUUAAACAUCCUUAUGGGUUGUGAAAUGGGACUGUCACUUUUUCCAGAAAUAAUAUUCAAAUGAUGUUUGAAUUGGCACACAAUUACUUGAAUACAACACAUAUACUGUAGCGUAAUGCCCCCCUCACCAACAAGCCCCUGAAAUGAAUACCUAAA